AUGGUGAAGAUGCAAAAUGAGAGUAUCUUGCAAGUGACCUUUUCGAAGCGUCGUGCUGGUCUCUUCAAGAAGUUUAGUGAACUCUGUACACUAUGUGGUGCUGAAAUAGCCCUUGUGGUAUUUUCCACGGGCAAAAAAGUUUACUCAUUUGGCCACCUUUGUGUGGACUCAGUGAUGGAUAGGUUUCUUACAAGGAACUCUCCACCAAAUAAUGGCCAUAAUCAGCUCAUUGUGGCUCAUCGAAAUGCUAGUGUUCGUGAUCUCAAUAUUGAGCUCACGAACAUUGAGGGAAUUCUUCAAAUGGAAAAAAAUGGUGGAGAAGCCCUACAAGCAAGGAAGAGAGACCGGUCAUUGGAGGCAAUAGAAUGCAUAAAGAAGAAAGUUGAAAGAGAGGCACAAAACCAACAAAUGGUGCCUGGUAAUGCAUUCCCAUUUCUCACCUUUGGAUGUGCCUUGGCUCCUACUGGAGCUAGGGCAAGAUCUUCAUAUGGUUCUUAUGGCUCUUUUUCAUUUCAAAAUAGGGUUUCAGGACUCAACUUUGGUGCGCCUUUUGCUAUCAGAUCCAGUGGAUCUACUUCUUCAGUAGUUCCCAAGUAG